AUGGGUGACGUACAUAGCAGGAGAAGCCCUCCAUUCCCAUCACCCACAGAGACCGUGUCCACCGUUGCUAUACCGCAGCCGCCACAUAUCCAACACCCCCGGUCGCCGAAUUAUUCUCCUCUGGAUCACGAUCUUACAGGAAAACCGAAAGAUCCCAUAUUGGGGGUAGAUGGUACAACAAAAACACAGGCCCGCAAACCCCGAUUCUCGCGCGGAGAUUCAGCGGAGCAGACUGCCAGUUUGACACCGAUCACGGAGGAUACACGAUCGGCAACAGAGCGACAUGAGGACCAAGGUCGGAGCUCACAAACAUUAAAGGAACUGCGGAGACAGAUGGAGGAAUUGUUGGUAUAUCAACAAAUGCAACAACAACAGGCCCCACCACCCCAAGUCCCUGGGAAUCCGAAUGAGACGCCGAGGAAACGACGCCUAUCAACUACAACUACGGCAGACAUUCCCACCGCAAACUCUCAACUCUCCUCCGGCUCACUCGGCUCUGGAGGAACUGUCAAAGCAAUCGAAAACGCUUCCCCGAACCCACCGACAGGUCAAACACCUUCCUAUCCUUUCCCCAGAAUCCAGAAUCCCGCAAAUACACACCUCGAGCCAACAGGACACCAGGGUCAAUUCCGACUAAAACUUCCUGAGAAGACACGCUCGAGAUCUCAAUCGCCGGAGGGAAACCUCAUUCCUACACAGCAAAAGACCUGUCUUCCAGAUCUCUUCGCGCCCUAUAAUAACGCCACGGAUGACAACCCAGAAUUUCCUAGUCCCAAUCUGUAUAAUCUGACGCUGAAACUGAAUGCGGAUGCGGGACUGGAUGGAUGGUGGACGAACCUUAUUGAUAUACUACAAAAGGAUUAUGGCGCCGAACGUAUAUCACUUGCGAUUCCUGGUGAUGCGACAGAUCUGGAGAAUGUACCAUGGGGCCAGAAAGCAGUUUUCAAUCAACACGGCAGUACAUCAGCGCAGGAUUCUCGAAAACCUUCUUUCCAGCAAACUAAUGAUAAUGAUGAUGCGCCCCCGGAAACUCCGGUGGCACGAAACUUUAACAACGAGGCAUUUCAAAAAGUAACCGAAUCAUCGGUCUCCAGCUCGAAACCUCUGGGGAACGCCUCAAUUCGUCCUCCAUUGUCAUCACGCCACUCCUUUGCAGGGUUCGGCCAUGGCAAAAAGCAGACCGGUGACGUGGAUCGAGCUCAGCUAUCAAAGUCAAACAGCAUUAAAUUAGAGAAAAAGCAUGCUCGUAUAGCUGGAAAGUCAGGACCUACUGAGGUCAAAUCCUCCUCUACUAGCCAGCGACCACAGCAACCUCAAAUCGCGCCCAAUGAAACUGCCUUUGGUACGACGGACUCCAUACGACAAGCAGUAUUCCCAUUGACCCGGCCGCUGGAGGUUGAGACAGAUCCUCUCAUCAAGCGAACCGGCGUAGUAAAGCUGUUUGGCCGGACUAGCCCUGUGAUACUCACCCGCGAAUAUUCCGAAAACUCUAACCAAACGUUCAAGAAGCCAGCCCAGAGCCCGCUAGAGACAGUUCAGGUUACACCAGGUAGUGAAGCACCCAACGCGACCAUCGCAACCCAAGGAGAUGCUUCACACCAAGGCGCUAGCUCCUAUCUUCCCCUCGGGCUGCAAUUUUAUGACGAAUAUGAGCAAACCCCUCAAUCACCUUGGUCCCAGUCCCCAGCUCCAUCUCCAGCUCCCAGGACACAUGCGGACCAAGAUCCCUUUUUCACGAACCACACUGUGGAUGAAGGUGCCUUUGAAAAGCAUCCACCUGCCCAUGACUAUUCCACCACAAAUCCUCCGGAGGCCAUUGGCAUUGACGAGUCUAAAACAAUUAUCCACAUUCCGCUCCUACACCAAGGCCGCUCUACAAACGCCUCACCAGUAACACUGAGAUUCCCUGUCGCCAUUAUUUCACUUCUGUCGACAAUUGUACCUUACCCGCCAAACCUUCGCAGAUCUCUUGCGGAUCUCAUGCCUCAUUUGACAACUUCAUUUUGCCUGGCCCAGCAAUACAGUCAGCUGGAGCGACAAUUAACUUCAAAGGUUGAAACGCCACGGUAUGGCCAUUUGCUGGGACUCGGAGGCACUUUCUCUGAUGCGAGCAGCGAGCUGGAACUUGUUGCCGGACUCAGUAGUCAUACAAGCUAUUUUGUGGGUGAUGACAGUUCAGUAUCAGCCCGAGCUAGCGUGACCAGUCCAAGUGAUCGCUCAUCAACCAAGUUCAGCCCCGCUAUUUCAAGUUUUGGGACCCCUGGGUUCGAGAUUGGUCAUACAGGCCUUGGAUCCGCAACUAUCUCCCCUGCUGUGCAUGCCCGCGAUACCACGGACAGUUAUUUUACCGUUCAGCAUCCAAAGCAUCCCCGAGACAAUGGAUCGCAAUAUAGACAACGGCUUCCCAAGUCCAAGUCCAAGGCCAAGAUUGUAGCAUCAAACCCUCCUUCUCCCGGUAACGUUGGUGGAAAUGGGCCCAAAUUCGAAGAGAUGGGCGCCAACGACCCAGUCCUUGUUGUUGCAUCUCCAUUGCAGGAGAUGAAACCACCAUCUGCUGUGUCCCCGACACAGCCCUCGUCACGUCAGGCGUCAACAAACUCGUUUUACAACCAGCUUCAAAGAGAAUCGCGCCCAUUUUCUGACACUAUCGCACAACUGAUGCUUCAUUCUAUUCCUCUACAUCUAUUCUUGGCUAAACCCCAGAGUGGUGAGGUAAUAUGGACCAACGCCAAGUUUGAUGCGUAUAGGAGAAGUAAGCCCCAAGAACAUAGAAUGCGAGAUCCGUGGCAGAACAUCCACAACAGUGAACGGGAUCAUGUCUCUAGCGAAUGGGAAAAUGCUUUACGAACAGGCUCGCAGUUUACUGAAAGAGUUCGCGUGAAAAGAUUCAAUGAUGAGACAGCCUACCGCUGGUUCAUCUUUCGCGCCAACCCGCUGCUGUCUGCCACUGGCGAGGUGUUGUAUUGGAUUGGAUCAUUCCUUGAUAUCCAUGAACAGCAUAUUGCUGAGCUGAAGGCAACACAGGAGAGGGAGAAAUUUGCGACUGAUGCAAAAUAUCGCGCAUUCUCGAAUUCGAUCCCUCAAGUUGUGUUCGAGGCAACUGAGAACCGAGGUCUGAUUUUUGUCAAUGAACAAUGGAACUUGUAUACAGGGCAAGAGCUCCAAGAAGCGUUAGACCUCGGGUUUGCUAAGCAUGUCCAUCCAGACGAUCUAGAGAAAUGCGGUGGACUCUCUUCAACCAGAAGCCAAGAUUUGAAUGAAAUUGCUGCCACGGAGGGAGGUCAUAAUCGAAACCCUUCGGAAGUACAUGGUGUCUCAUCUGCGCUAGACGACCUUGUCAGUCGUGGCGUUGCAUCACUCCAAAAGGACGAGAAUGGUCGCGUCUUUUACUCUACUGAAAUUCGUCUCCGUUCCCGGGGAGGAGAUUUCCGAUGGCAUUUGGUUCGUUUAGUUCGUGUGGAAACGAGUAGCUUUGGCAGUGAAGAAGCAUCCUGGUACGGUACCUGUACCGACAUCAACGACCGGAAGAAUCUCGAGCGGGAGCUCAACAAAGCAAUGAGCCAGCUCAAUCACCAGAUGGAAUCCAAGACCAAAUUUUUCAGCAACAUGUCUCACGAGAUCAGAACACCACUGAAUGGAAUACUUGGCACCAUUCCAUUCAUUCUGGACACACAAGUGGACAGUGAUCAAAGGAGAAUGCUUGAUACUAUUCAGAACAGCUCCACCAACCUCAGAGAACUAGUCGACAACAUUCUAGAUGUUUCCCGUGUCGAGGCUGGCAAGAUGUCGUUGGUCAAUUCCUGGUUCCAUGUUCGGUCCAUGAUCGAAGAUGUGAUUGAUACCAUUGCCUCCCGAGCGAUUGACAAGAACCUUGAGCUCAAUUAUCUUAUGGACGCAGAUGUACCCUCAAUGGUUAUUGGAGACCGUUUCCGAAUUCGUCAAAUUCUCAUCAAUCUGGUUGGAAAUGCCGUCAAAUUCACACCACAGGGCGAAAUUUACAUUUGUUGCAACCUAUUCCGCAACGAUGCAGCAAACAUUAAGCCUACCGAAGUUUUCCUAAACUUUGAUGUUGUGGAUACUGGUAAGGGGUUCAGCGCGGCAGAUGCAGAACGGCUCAUGCAACGGUUCAGUCAAAUUGGUGAGAAUGGAUCCCAGCAAAACGCGGGCAGCGGUCUCGGGUUAUUCUUAUCGAAGCAACUUGUUGAAAUGCAUGGAGGCAAACUUACCCCCAGCAGUAUGGAAGGUAAAGGAGCCAAGUUUUCCUUUAAUGUGAAAGUUGAUGCCCCACCUCCUCCAUCGCCAAAUGAGAGGUCAACGUUACUCCGCCAGGCCUCAAGUGCCUCCAGACGGCCAGCAACGUCCAGAACAACAUCUUACGACCAGUAUUCACUGGCACCCUUGCGACCAUUUGAUCCCAAACUGCAAGAUCCCGCAAUCCUGUCGCCUGGAUUGGACUCCCCAGCCUCGUCAGCCCUUCCAACACCAGAUAUUGCUACUGCACAGCUUCCGUCAUUAGGUCUUGGCAACACAGACAGCGCCACAAAUAUAACACCUCGGCAACCUAGUCCUGCUCGGAUGCCUCCACCACAGCUCAAUACAACCGAUGUCCCCAGCAAUGUGCCUUCAGCAUCAGGUGGAAUUGUUCCCCCACAAGGUCCCUUCCACAUUUCCAUAUUGUGCCCGCUUGACAAUACUCGGAGGGCCACAAAGCAACACAUCAGACAAGUUGUGCCACAUGAGAUUGCGUACACUAUCACGGCUUUGUCUGAUGUCGAUGAAUGGAAGGACACAAUGCAGUCUGGCACGGAUAAACAGUGCACGCAUCUGGUACUCAAUUUGCCUGCGACUGAUGACAUUUUAGAUGUCAUUCAGCACGUGUCGGCGUUAGACUCGAGCUCCGCACCUGUGGUUGUGAUAAUAUCAGAUUUGUACCAGAAGCGUCAAAUCAGCACCCGCGUCAAAGAGAUGGCUGCUUCGGGGAAGAAAGUCUUCAUUGUGCCUAAGCCUGUCAAGCCGUCUGCUUUCUCUACCAUCUUUGAUCCUGAGAGCAAACGUGAGCUUAGCAAAGACCGCAAUCAGGAUAUGGCCCGAGAGAUCAACAACAACUUCAAGACUGUUUCCAAAAUGGUCAAAGAACGUCUCGGUAAUAAAGGGUACCGCAUCUUGCUUGUGGAAGAUGACGAGACCAAUCGCGAUGUUAUGUUGAAAUAUCUUGAUAAGAUCAAGUUGAUGUCAGAAACUGCGUCCAAUGGACAAGAGGCGGUUGACAUGGUCUUUUCCAAAGAGCCUGGUUACUUUUCUAUUAUUAUUUGUGAUAUCCAAAUGCCCAUAAAGAACGGAUACGACACUUGUCGAGAAAUUCGUGGCUGGGAGCAGAAGAACCAUUACCCGCAAAUUCCUAUCAUGGCUCUGUCGGCCAAUGCGAUGACAGAUCAAAUUGAAAACGCUGCACAGGCAGGCUUCAAUGACUAUGUCACGAAACCUAUCAAGCAUAACGAAUUAGGGAAGAUGAUGAUGGGCCUUCUCGAUACCCAUCAGCCUUUGCUUCUUCUUCGAGAUCGGUUGCAUCCUGCUAAUCCCCAAAUUACUAGUCGCCGCUAG